UUUUCACGCUCCUACUAGCUACUCUACUCCCUCCACUACAUAUAUUCAAAACACAAUUGAACCAAAUUUCAUUUUUCAUUUCACUGACCCAUUAACAGUUUUUAAGGCUCCAACGUAAGACAAUAGUGUGAGUGAGACAAAAGGGUUGUGUUUUGUACCUCAAUCAUGCCUUCAGGUCCUAAGAAGAGAAAAGCUGCUAGGAGAAAGAAGGAAAAGGAAAACAACAACAUUAACAUCAACCUUUCAUCAACCAAUAACCCUCUUCAAGGAAAUGAUGAUUUGAAGUACCAAAAUGAGGUGGAAGAGAGAGGCCUGUCAGCUGUUCGACCAAAUGCUUCUGAUGUGAAGUCUGUGGAAGAAGUUUGUGGCGAUUUUAAGAUUGAAAAAGUGUUAGAAGGGAAGGAGGACAGUUUUGUUACGAUAAAGAGAGAUUUGAAAUCUGAGGAUAGUUAUGAGAAAGAAAAUGGAAAGCCUGAGCAUAUUGAAACUGCUAUCGAAUCAUGUUAUGAGAGUGAGAACUGCGGUGGCAUUUCUAACGGUGAAUCCUUGGCUGAGAAGAACUCAAAGGACGAGCUUUAUAAUUUCCUUGAAGAGGAAACCGUAUGUCACGAAAUGGUCAAAUCGGAUGAUUCUUCAGCUUCUGAUAUGACUGCGGUUAAAAUAAAUUCACUUGUUCAACUUGAAGAGACUGGUGGCAAUUCAGCGGCCAAAGAUUCUGUUAAUUCAGUUAAGACUGUGGCUUCUCUGUCUGAGGCAGAAAAGUGUGAUACUGGACUUGCCCCUCUUCCUGAAGUGACUGAUCUUGCUGGUAAGAUGAAUGAGGAUAGUGUGUAUCCUUUAACAAAUGAGAAUGCUACAUCAAGUUUGGAGGAACCUAAGUCAAAGGAAUCUAACAGUGAAGUGUUAACUUCAUCAUUUAAUGGUGCAGUGCAUACUAAGGAUUCUGAGGCCCCAAAAAGCACCAAAAAUCAGCCUUCAGUAAGCUCAGCUCCAAAUUUGGUGCGAAAGACUUCAUGGUGGAGUUGCUGUGGAAUAUUUGAAGUUCUGUCGGGUUCAGAUAGAUAAUUUCAGGUUUGACCUCUUAAGUUAUUCUACCUUGUAAAGCGGUUUGUUGCGGCUCUUUUAACUUAAAAGGUUGUGUUUGAUGACGUAUAUGCUCAUUGCUCACCUCUUAUAUAGACUGACUUGUGGUUGUCUUAAUUACUUACCCUGUUACAUGAUUUCUAACUGGUUUGUUCUUGGCAUUUAAUUAAUUAUAAAUUAUAAAUUAUUAGAGAGACUGUUGGUGGUAUUUCUUUCAUGUUGUGAUUUCACCAUUUUUGCGAUAUUUUUUGAGAUUUCAUUUUCAUACAAUUCUGCAUGCAAUCUGGAUCGCCAGGCCUGUGUCAAAUUGUGGAAUUGCACGAUCUUUAGAUUUAAAUCACCAUUUUAACAACAUUGCUCUCAUCCACUCUUGGAAUUGUUGCACAUCUUAUUUUGUUUUCAGUUUUUCUGGUCUUACUUAUAAUAAAUUUAUUGUUCUAAACUGUGAGAAAUGUGGUCUGGUUCCUGCUGUGGUUCACUCGAAAAAUGAAAAUGAGUUUACUUUUGACAAAUGGAAAAAUCAUUCAUCGGUUUCGAUAUCUAGUUGUAAGUAGUACAUAUUGCCUAGUCAAUAGUCAUACAAUAAGGGCACAAAUUUGCCCAUUGGAUUAGUUCUCAAUCCAACACACCUCGAAGUACUUGAAUCACUUUGAUGAUCCUAUAUUCAAAUGCACAUGGUUAGUUAAGAUGUUACUUCUUAGUCCUAUGUGUUGUUUGUAUCAAUUGAUUUUUAAGUUGCAAUAUUCUUUCUGAUCAUGUAUUUAUUGGGAUUAUCUGUGCAGUCUAUCGCCAUAUUAUUAUACUGUAUGGUUUAUAAUUUAUACAUUUUGACCGUGUAAAUCAUGUUAUGGUUUAUAAUAUCUGUUUUCUGCUUUUACUGCACAAAUAUAAGGCGAGGAUCUCAACUUAUAAGUCACUAAUGGAAUGAAACUGAAUCAAUUCCAAACAUCAGAUCUUGACACAUAAGUUGAGCUUUACCAAGUUUAAAUAACUUAUUUUGUUUUUGUGUGCGUAAACUAUAUACCCGUAUAAAAUUGUAGAGACUAAUUUCUCAAGUAGACAUCUAAGUUUAUCAAAGUUUUAUUUUGUUAUAAAAUUGACUUGAAACUUAAAUCUAAUAUUUUUCAACUUAUUGUCAUAAGCUCGGCGUUACUAGUAAACAACCUGAACAUAUGUAGUUCAAAAGCAAAAUAAUUAAAUUACAAUUUGAACUUUUUUUUAAAAUCAAUCUUUUUUUGCUUAAAAAAAAAUCUUAAAAAUGCAUUAUGCUUAAUUUUCCCCACUUUUCAAAGGGAUAUACUUGUUAGCAAUUGAGCAACUUCCAUAGGGUUAAGUUGAUAAUAAAGCAGCCUCUAACUCAAAUGCAAAAGAAAAAGUCUAAAACCCAUAAAAAGUUCGAGGAAAAAUUGAUGAAAAAAAAAUCAACCGGAAAAAGGAAGAAAAGAAAUACUCGAGGCAAAUAUGAAACCAAAGUCACAAUUGGACUACUAAAGCAACUGAUCAAAGUUAAACUUGAUGGUGAGUGUUGAACAAAUAAGUCUUUGCCCGCCAACACUCCAAUUAGGCAUGUAAUAAAAAUUCGGACCACGAUUAGAUCGGAAGGUUAAAAUUACACAAUACUAAAAUAAACUAUAAACUAUCUCAGAAAGCCAUUAACCCUAAAACAAAGGUCUAUUACACAAUGACAAUAGUUGCUGUGAAGAGACAUGGAAAUACAUUAACCCUGAAACAAAGGUCUAUUACACAAUGACAAUAGUUCUUGUUAUUACAAAAAAACAUGAAGUAAGGCAUAAAUAUUAUAGUUUUUUCAUCCUCCUUGAUGCUUACUCCUCUUUUUAUUUGAAAUUUUCAAUCUUAAUAAAUAGCUACAAAACUAUUUUCAUUAUGUAGAAACUUCCAAUCAACCAAAACCAACUGCUUUGGUGAUUACCAAUAGUGUGCGUGAAAAAACCCUUCUUUGGGGUAGUACAAAGCCAAGUUUCAUACAUGCAAAAAUCAAUACAGCCAAUCAUUAUGAUCGAUAAACCUCAGGAAGCUGAAGACCAACACUUGCAGCAGAUUUUCCAAGUGUCCUUUUCACUUCAUCUGAUCUAUCAAUUGCAAUGUUAUACGAGAAAAGUAAAUCCUGCAAGAUUGUUGACAAUGAUUCAUGGUCAGAAAGCCAGCCAAAUAAAGUGUAGUUUUUUCCUAGUAAUGAUUUACACUACAAACAUAAAAUGAGUCAACUUGGAUCCAACUUGGCUAUGCUGAAUUGCUCAUCACUAGCAAAAAAUACAUUACAUCCUCUUCUACACCUCUUACUUUUAUUUUGCAAUAUACAUACAACAAAAUCCGUUGACAUCUCGUUAAGUCUUAAACUGAAUGAGUUUGUGUCAUUUAACCAAUCAGAACAAUGUACAGAGGCUUAUACAAUACAAGUGACUGUUUGAAGGGAAAAUACAAUAAAAACAAAGUAAUACCUUGUGAUGGUGCACACUGUUAAGCAGCAAAGUAUAAUCGCGAGCAAGCUUUAUUUUCUGUUGGACAGCCACACCAUCAGACAGAUUUCGGUUCUUGUGGAAUUCGGAGGUUACAUAUUCUAAAAAAUGUCUCUUGUUCUCUUCUUUCCCAAUAUGCUUCUUGACUGCCUUGAGAAGAUGGCGAUAGAUGUUAGCUGUUUGGAAGACUUCGCUUCUCAUUCUUUUUCUAUGAAUAUCCACAAUCUAUUACUGCAAGGGAUGACAUAUUUAAAAUAG